GUUGGGAGAAUGUCUCCGGCAAGCGCUGGCAUCAGGCUCCGAGGUGGGGCUCUGCCUUUGGCCCUGACCUUGACCCUUUCUCGCGGGGUCGGGGCUCGUGCGGCCAGCGGCGUGGGCUGUGGUGAGGGCCCCUCCUACACCCAGGGUCAGAGCCCCGAGCCCAGGACCCGCGAGUAUUUCUACUACAUUGACCAUCAAGGCCAGCUUUUCCUGGACAAUGCUAAAGUGAAGAAUUUCAUCACCUGCUUCAAAGACCGGCAGUUCCUCGUCUUCUUCUUCUCCCGCCUGAGGAAGAACCAGAGUGGUCGCUAUGAAGACACCUUUCCCUUUGUCUCUCUUUGUGGCCGUGAACGAAACUUCAUUCGCUGUGAUGACCUGCCUGUGGUCUUCACACAUCUGCUGGCAGAUGGCCCAGGGCCUCCACGCCUCUCUUAUGGUGGAGCAGGUGAGGCCCUGGCUAUACCCUUUGAGCCUGCUCGACUGAUGCCUCUCCCUGCCAAUGGACGGCUUUAUCACCCAGCCCCGAAACUGGCUGGUGGUGUGGGGCUAGUCCGCUCUUCCCUGGCCUUUGAGCUCAGCAGCUGCUUCCAGUAUCCACCAGGAGGAGCUACACUGCCCACCCAUAUCUUGUGGCAAGGCCAGAAAUAUCCCCUGACCAUGGACCUUGCACCCCUAUUUUCUAAAUCCAAUGGGCCUUGAAGCAUUGUACCCCCUUCUCCUUCACCCAUUGUCUGCUUUUGCUUCCUCUGCCCCAGGAUGUAGACAUCAGGAAAAUGUUGGUCCAAGCUAUAGCAGAUAAUAACUCUCAGGAACAUGACUCCCACCUAAGGCCGGGAGAUUGCUGGUGCUGAGAAGGGCAGUGGGAGGGACCCUUAGCAAAGAUAGGUCCUGGGGCUAAAGGCACCUUAACAAGGAUUAAGAGAGAGUG